ACACCUACGUUUGGGUCCCAGGUCACUUUGGGAGGAUUUCACUGAAUGGGCCUGACCGACAUGAGCUUCCCAUGAAGAUAAUAUCAUAACAUUCAACAGCUUUUUAGCUUUUGUUUUCAUCUGAAUAAGGAUCUGAAGCUUGCUGAUCGUUUCCCCACUUCUUUCUUUUAUCAUUAUUUUGUCUUUUUUUCUUUUUUUCUUUUUUUUACUAUGCAUGGAUUAUCUGACCUGAAAAGAUAUAAAAUGUCUGUCAUUUUUUUAAACACGUUGCCUGUGGACUCCACUGUUUGUGGAAACGCACAUGAGCCUUCAGAGGAGGAACGUAAGUAGCUCUCCAGGGUGCUGAAGUUGUCUCCAAACGCCCAGACGAGCCUGCUGAGCUCUACCUGUCACUUCCAGCCUGUAAUCCCAGCGCAAUGAGCGGGCUGCGUCUUCGUGUGAGCGACACCGAGGCGGAUAGGUAAGGUUCUGGGAUGAAGAAAGACGCUUAGAUCCGAGAAGGCACCUGUAAGAUUGUCUGGUCAGAUCUGGGGGAUGUCCAGAUGCUCGUAAAUACACGGUGUCAUGGGUGUGAAUAAACUCUAGUCGAUAGUGAAUAAAAUUAUUCACUACCUUGGACACCCUGGAAGGACAAUGCAACAUCUUCCUCCAAAUGGUUGGGACCCCAACCAUCCAUGCAUGCCCAUAAUAAAAAGCAGAACAACUUUACCGGCGCUGCCCUUUUGUAAUUUCCUGCUAUGGGUUCUGCUGGGGGUUCUCACCUUUCCCUGCUGUGUUCACUGUCUAAUAUUCAAAGUAGGGGUUUUAGGGCCUUGGAACUGCGACCCCGUUUACUACAGGGCCCUCCCCACCGUGGCAGCAAAGCUCGCUGUGAGCCGGAUCAACGGAGACCCCAGUCUGAACCUGGGUCUAACAAUGGACUUCAUUGUGCUGCAGGAACCCUGCGAAACCUCCAAAGCCCUCACGGCUUACAUUUACUAUGACAAGUCGGCGGACGCAUUUGUUGGCCCCACCAACCCGGGAUACUGCAUCGCUGCGUCCCUGCUGGCCAAAAACUGGGAUAAGGCAUUAUUCUCCUUCAGCUGCGUCACCUUCGAGCUGGAGCGCAUGCUUGGAUACCCAACAUUUUCACUGACGGUCCCGUUUACCGUGGACGUGCUGUUCACCGUGUUUAAACACUUCAGGUGGGCCAGCUCCGUGGUGGUCUCCUCUAAUGAAGACAUCUGGAUAGACACUGCAGGGAGAGUGGCUGCAGCUCUGAGGAGGAGGGGGCUUCCCGUGGGUCUGGUUACAGCUAUGGGUCUGAACGAUACGGAGGUGGAGAGCACGCUGAGGAAGAUCCAAAACGCGGGCGAGAUAAGGGUGAUCAUAAUGUGCAUGCACUCCCUCCUGGUUGGCGGCGAGUAUCAGGUCACCUUUCUCACAAAGGCACACAAGAUGGGCAUGACUGCGGGAAAGUACGUGUUUGUGCCCUACGAUACUCUGCACUACAGCGUGCCCUACAGCAACGUCUCGCACCUCCCUCUCCAGAACAGCAGCCUUCUGAGGGAGGCCUACGAUGCAGUCCUCACCAUCACUGUGGCCUCUGAGCUGCUGUCUUUCAACGAGGCGUUCACUGCAGCCAAGAGGAGCCAGGAGGUGACACUGCCAGUGCAGGCCGAGCAGGUUAACCCUCUGUUUGGAACCAUCUACAACAGCAUAUACCUACUGGCCAGGUCCAUUCACAACGCCAGGAAUGCAGGCAUGCAAUUGUCAGGCUCAAAUCUGGCCUACUUCACCAAGAACACAAGCUUCAAUGGCUUCAACCAGAAGGUUCAGGUGGACAGAAGCGGGGAAGUUAAGACCAACUAUGUCAUCUUGGACUCUGACAGCAGGAGCAGUCAGCUUUACCAGGCCUACUUUGUGGACCUAAAAGCUGGAGAGCUUCGUUUUGCAGGAAGGUCAAUCCAUUUCCCAGGAGGAUCCCCUCCAACGUCCGACUCCCGCUGCUGGUUUGACGACAAUGUCAUCUGCACAGGAGGUGUGGAGGUGUCUUACAUAAUGAUAGUGUUGGCUGUGAUCCUCAGCUUGGUUGUAGGAGGGCUCUUCAUAACUCUUUACGUCAGGAGGAGACUUCAACAAAUCCAGCUGAUCAAAGGUCCCAAUCGGAUCCUGCUGACUUUAGAAGAUCUCACUUUCAUCAAUCCUCAGCUCAGCAAAAAGAAAAUUACUCUGGAGGACCUGAGUGAGUCCAGGAGCGCUCUGGAUGACAAGUCAGCAGACCCUUCCCAUUCUGUUAACAGCAUGCAGACGGCAACUCACGAGAACUCGAGCGUCGCUGUGUAUGAGGGGGACUGGGUCUGGCUCAAGAAGUUUGAGGAGGGCCAUUUCAAGGAGAUGAAACAAAGCACAACCAAGAUUUUCACAAAGAUGAAGGACCUGAGAAAUGAGAACGUAAAUCCCUUCCUGGGCUUCUUUUUGGACUGCUUCAUGUUUGCCGUGGUGACGGAGCACUGCUCACGGGGGAGUCUGCAGGACCUGCUCAGGAACGAAGACGUUAAAUUAGACUGGAUGUUUAAGUCCUCGCUUUUACUUGAUCUUAUCAAGGGUAUGAAAUAUCUUCACCACAGGGACUUCCCCCACGGCAGACUUAAAUCUAGAAACUGCGUGGUGGACGGGCGCUUUGUUCUCAAGAUUACAGACUAUGGCUACAAUGAGCUGCUGGAGUCUCAGAAAGCGCCCUUUGAGGAACCGCCGGCUGAAGAGCUUUUCUGGACAGCACCCGAGUUUCUAAGGGACCAUGCAAAUUUUCGCAAAGGGACUUAUAAAGGAGAUGUUUAUAGCUUUUCUAUAAUCCUUCAAGAGGUGGUCGUGAGAGGGCCACCGUACUGCAUGCUGGAUUUAUCCCCUGAAGAAAUCCUCCGUAAAGUAAAGAAGCCUCCGCCAAUGUGCCGUCCUACCGUCGCACCGGAUCAGGCGCCGCUUGAAUGUAUCCAGCUGAUGAAGCAGUGCUGGAGCGAACAGCCUGACCGCAGACCAAAUUUUGAUGAGAUCUUUGACAGGUUCAAGAUCAUUAACAAAGGUAAGAAGACCAAUAUCAUUGACUCCAUGCUGAGGAUGCUGGAGCAGUACAGCUCUAACCUGGAGGAUCUUAUCAGAGAGAGAACAGAGGAGCUGGAGGUGGAAAAGCAAAGAACGGAGAAGCUGCUCUCUGAGAUGCUCCCACCUUCUGUUGCGGAGGCUCUUAAGACUGGCGCCACGGUGCAGCCAGAGUACUUUGAUCAGGUGACGAUCUACUUCAGCGACAUUGUGGGUUUCACCACCAUCUCCUCGCUGAGUGAUCCCAUUGAAGUGGUGGAUCUUCUGAAUGACCUCUACACGCUCUUUGACGCAGUGCUCAGCAACCACGACGUCUACAAGGUGGAGACCAUUGGGGAUGCUUACAUGGUCGCGUCGGGCCUGCCCAAGAGGAACGGCAACAAGCACGCCGCAGAGAUUGCCAACAUGUCUCUGAACAUCCUCAGCUCAGUGGGCUCGUUCCACAUGCGGCACAUGCCAGACGUGCCCGUCAGGAUACGGAUAGGAAUCCACUCAGGGCCCUGUGUCGCUGGGGUUGUCGGGCUGACCAUGCCUCGGUACUGCCUUUUUGGAGACACCGUCAACACUGCCUCUCGUAUGGAAUCCACUGGGCUGCCUUAUAGAAUCCAUGUAAAUUGUAGCACUGUGAAGAUCCUUCGUUCUCUAAAUGAUGGAUAUAAAAUAGACGUCAGAGGCAAAACAGAGCUGAAGGGUAAAGGUAUAGAGGAGACGUACUGGCUUGUGGGGAAGUCCAACUUUUCGAAACCUUUGCCAAAACCGCCAGAGAUAAAACCAGGGGAAGACAAUCAUGGGCUCAGACCUGAGGACGUAGCUGCCUACAGGAGAAAGAAAGCCGAGAAAAAGGCUUGACCCUCUCAUUUCAAACACAGGAGGUAUAGAUCUGCAUGCUGCAUGCUGUUGUGCUGUGGGUGUUCGACCGUGGCUUCAGCGUCGGUUUGAUGUGACCCCACUGCACCCUCUGAGUCUCCACACCCGCAGCUUCCUCUAAUGGAUUUCUGAAUCCCACUGACUGAUAGGCUCAUUAAUCUCUUGAUCUUUUCAUCUUCCUCCUCAUCUUCUUAAGUGGAUUGGAGAAAGCCCUGCUUGUUUACUGUAUUCAUUCUUUUUUUUUGUGUUGGCUGACAGAGUUCCCCUUUAUUUUUUUACCUUAUUGUGUUUGUUAGAGUACUUGAUGUUUGUUUUGGGGUUUUUUGUUCCACUAUUGUGCUCCCUUCAAUCAGCCGGAUUGUACACAACUGGCUUUAACUCCACGUUUUCUGCUUAACUAGGGACAACUGGCAAGAGAUGGUGACAGAGGAGAUCAAGACCCAUUUCCGCAAGGCCAACA